AUGCCAAGUGAUCACGAAGAUUCGGAGUCGAAUACAAUCUCGGAUAUUCCAGAGCCAGUUCAACAUGACACUGAUGAAACCGCUGAGACUUCGCACCCGAUUGUUUCGGAGCCUAUCACUACCAAUCUUGAGGUAACAUUCUUAAUCCCUAAUUCUAUUCCAAUCACAGAUGAUUUUUUCCAGGAUUUCACUCUUCCUUCACCCACCUCUACUAUCUCCACUCCAAUCACUAUAGCUCCUUUCCCACUUAUAUCUAUGGGUGUUCGCAAUCUCAAGCUACUUUUGAACAAUCUACUCAUUUGUUUACAUAAUCGACAACAACCACAACAAAUAUUAUGCAUACACCUCCAGUUUCUGCUAAUCUAUCUGAUAUGGGGGCAGGUGCUUCAGGUUUUACUUUUUUGUUACGAUUCACAUCCCAUAUCACCUCUCCACCAAGAUGAUCCAGACACUAUCUUUGGUGAUGAUCCGGAUGAAUUCACUCACAUCCACUACAUUCCUUUCUAUGUUCAAGCUGAAAGUGAGGAUGAGGCUUCAUUUACCAAAGGCCUUAGCGACAUACUCCAAACCAAUAAAGUUGCUCUCGAGAAGGUUCGUAUCGAUAUUCAAGCUGCUCAUAUGGAACAUCAAACCUCCAUCUCUUCCAAAAUAGACAAACUUCAUGAAGAUUUGUGUCUUGAGAACAAAAUAAUGGAUAAGCACACCAUCAAAACAGAGAAAGUGAAAGUUUUAUCUUUCAAGAUCACUCAUGUUAAUAAUCGAAUUGACGAGAUCUUGUCGAAAAAAUUUGUGAUGAAGAGUUACAUUGGCGACAUGAAUUCCAUACUCUCCAAUAUCAUUGAGACUCGUGAUUAUCUAAUCACAAUCACUGUUAGGAAGCAUCUAGCUGCUAAAAUCAGGCAUGUGUUUUCGAUGCUCAACAUGCUUGAAGGUGUUUUAAAGUCUGACAUACUUCCAAAACAAGGGGGAGAACAAGGCAAAUCUUUUGGUGUUGAAAAGUCAUCUGGUGAUAAUGAUGAUGAUGAGGAAGAAGAAGAAAAAUCUCUAAAGAUUAAGCGCAAGAUUCAUGAUGUUGAACUUGACAACAAUUUUUGUAUCGCUAGAGAGGCUAAAGAACGAGAAAAGGCUGCUCUAGAAGCUCAAGUCACUUUGGAAUCGUAG